GCCAUCUGUUGGCGGCGGAGAGAGGCAGCGCGAGGAGCCACGUCACUUGCCGUGAGAGACAGCGCGUGAGACGGAGACGAAAUGAACAUUUUCAGGCUCGCUGGGGAUAUCUCCCACUUACUGGCUAUUAUUAUCUUGCUGCUGAAGAUCUGGACCAGUCGAUCAUGUGCAGGUAUAUCUGGCAAAUCACAGCUGCUUUUCACUUUGACCUACACUACACGCUACUUGGAUCUGUUUACCAAUUACAUCUCACUCUAUAAUUCGUCUAUGAAGGUAAUCUUCUUGGCUACCUCAUUUGCAACGCUGUAUCUGAUGUAUGUACGCUUCAAGGCCACCUAUGAUCACAACCACGACACCUUCCGCAUUGAGUUCCUGCUCGUUCCCACAGUAAUCCUGUCUCUCCUCAUCAAUCAUGAUUAUGCUCCUCUGGAGGUCCUGUGGACUUUCAGCAUCUACCUUGAGGCUGUAGCUAUUCUUCCACAGCUGUUCAUGGUGUCAAAGACUGGUGAAGCUGAGAGCAUCACCUCUCAUUACCUGUUUGCAUUGGGCUCAUACCGUGCUCUGUACAUCUUCAAUUGGGUCUACCGUUAUUACGCGGAAGGAUUCUAUGACUUGAUUGCCAUUGUUGCUGGUGUUGUGCAGACGGUCCUCUACUGUGAUUUCUUCUACCUUUACAUUACAAAAGUGUUACAGGGAAAGAAGCUUCAGCUGCCAGCCUAAGGGCAGGGGUCUGGAGAGUGGUGCUGCUUCUCACGCGAGUGGAGAGCCAGCACUUCCCACUGCAACACUUAGAGCCGACUGGCUUCCCCAUCUAUUUGAUACCUUCUGCAGAGAGUUUAUCAAUACAACUUCUAAGGACAAUUUUGCAUGUAUACUUUCAUUGUGUCUCGAAACUGAAUAGAACAAAGGGGUAUAACAUCCUAACUGCUUUGAGAAAGGCUUGUGUCUAACCUAUCCCAAAAAAGCAAUGCCCAUAGAAUCAGUCUGGAACACCUCCAGAAAACUGUGAAUUGUAUGUGGUGGGGUGUGCACCUUAGGAACUUUGCUUGAUACAUUUUAUUGGAGAACAGAAAAAAGAAGAAUAUUGGUUGAUGCUUAAGUUCAUGUACAGUAGUGCCUUUUGGCAUUCUAAGACUAGUUAGAAGACUAGCAGUAAACUAUUGCAGGUGUGAGAGAGAUGACAUAGGUAAAUUUACAUUUUGUCUACACCCAUUUACUUGAAGCCUAAUUGGGAAUUUUUAUGUAACAUUCCAGUGGUUUCAUCCUUUGUAAAAGCACAAGUAUAAAGUAACUGUAUAUAAAAUUCCUGUCAACAUUUACGCAGAUUGAAAUAUUUAAUGACGGCAGUGGUGAGCAAUAUUGUGAUUUGGCAAAAUAUAUAUUGAGGGUUCAACCCAGAUGGAACUACUCUCCAUAAGUGAUAUUGGAAUAGCCUAGAUAAGCAGUUCGCACAAGGGUAUAAGAUGACUAGAACGAGACAUGAAUUUUUAUACAUUGUGAAUAUCAGCUGCAUGUUUUUGGUAAUAUAGUACUUCAGUAAAAAGGAACAUUGAAUAUUUCUUGACUUUAUGCAAUUAGAACCAUAUAAAAUCUAAGUUUUGUACAGGGGGCAUAAGAUUUUUCUGUGACAAAUAUAUGUCAAGUGUUCGUGCAAGGAGAUGUAGUAAUAUAAAUAACAAUUUUGAGUGCUUUUUCUUUCCUUAAGAUGUAUGGAAGCAAGUUGUGGUUUUAUUUUCGUAUAAUUUCAUUUUUUGAAUUGAAUGAGUGUCUUGUGUGGCAUUAUAGGAAUACAAAUGUGACAAAAUGUGUGACUCUUGAGCUAGUGAGCCUGCAAUCCUGUGUGCAUAAGGUUGUCAGAAAAAUGUCUUGGCUCUUUCUUCAUCCUUGCACUUGAAUUUACACAUGCUGUCACAGACUUAUUUAUUUUUUUCUUGUGUAAACGGCCUGAUAUUUCUAAGGACCUAAAUAUGUAGAUUUUAUUUUCAGCUCUAUAAUGAUAGGCUUCCAAAAUGCACCUUUUGUUUAUGAUAAAUAUCUUUUAUUAAGUUGUCUGUUACUUUUUAUUGAAAUGAACUGAAAAACGAUAAAAUACUAUAACUUUGUAUACAUUUCCCUUCUCCAAAAAUUCUACAAAGGUAUGGCUUAGUAACCAAAAACAAGAACAGUAGUACAAAUUGGUUAGUGAAAAAAAAAGGACAGAUUUGGCAUACACAUUUUGAUAUGUUAAUUGACUGCAAACGCUGCUUUACACUGAUGAAUCUUUUGUAUUAUUGAUUCCUGGUUUCACUUAAGAAUCAGAUGCUUACGAAUAACCAUUAACCAUUUAGAGUAGCCAAUCUGAGACAAACACAAUGUGAGUGGUUGUAAUACUAAUUUAUGAUCCUACAGUUCUUCAAAAACCCAGAUUUGAGGCCAGGAAACUCCUUAUGGUAAUUAAAAUGUGUACAGUAAAUACUGAGCUAUUCAUUACAACCUUAGAGAUAUUUUUCAUAGUGAGAGCUGUGGAGAGAUUGGCUAUCUGAAGAAAGUUAACUAGGAUAAGAAUCUUUGUAAAACUGAUGGUCCAUGGCAAACAUAGAUUUAAUGUCAUUUUUACAGAUCAUGGCUAAUUCUGAAUAUCAUACUUGAUCAACACUCAUGAUGUAAACGUAGAUAUAAUAGGCAAAAUGGUUUUCAUCUCAUCACUGGUCAUUUUAUUGUACUUAGGUUUAUGAAUAUAUAGUUUUAACAAUGUCUUCCAAAGAAUUGGGUAUUUUCAAAUAGGAGUGCAUGCUUUGUUUUGCUUAAGAAAUAAAUGAUUUGAAAUGGCACCCAGAGUAUUUAUGAAAUUCAGGUUUGUAGGUGGUUACUGUUUUCAUUUUGUUUCAAAAUUGGAUAGAAUAUUUACAAAACUGUGGGUUUGGUUUCCUCGCGUUAAAGGAUUACACUAUCUAGAAUAGUGAAGUAUUUUUAAAACAAAUCUGAUGUUUAUAUGAAAAUGGUUAUUUUGGUUUCUGAAAUCAUACGAAGUUAGAAUAUUUUCAAAUGCUUAAGAAUGACAAAACUGCAGACAAUCAUUUCAUCAGACGUUACCAUAGAUGAACAUGAUAAGGUAAAAACUAAGGUCUGAUUUAUAUGGAACCAAAGUUGAAAUACUUGUCUUUUGUACUUUUCUUUUUAAAAGUCGAAAGAGCUAAGAUCAAGAAAGAAAGGCAAGGUACAUAAUCUGAUGUGUGAUUAUUACAGUGCAUAUAACCUCUGCAUUUAGAAAGUUGUUAGUAAUCCUAUAGUAAAUAUUUUUCUUAGGGAGAGUGAAAGAAAACCUGUAUGGAAAUUAGUUUUAUUUAACAGUCGAUUCCACUGUCUCUCUUGAGGCUGUUCUGUGCAUUUAGAGAAACGAAAUGAAAAAAUUUGCAUGUUAUCA